UACUCUCUCUCUUAAAAGUUAAAACUCAAAAUUUGGCAAAUCGCAAAGUCGCGUCUCCUUUGCACCUCCUUCCUCCACUUCCCGCAAUCGCAAAAGCAGCAUCUUGCAGUUGUAUCUUUAGUCGGCGGCGCCUCUGCCAACCCCCUUUCCUUCUCUGCUACUGCUAUUCUCGGCAACGGUAUUCAUUUUGGCAUAAGAGAAGACAUGGCAGCAGACGGUAAUUCUGGUGUAUUUUCCCAGAAACUUAAAGGGGACUUUGAUGCGCAAUACAUCAAUGCCAAAAACGCGCUGAAUAACUCGAAAGUCAUAUAUUACAGCCGGACAUUUAUGUUAAUAGUUGGAGGCAUCAUUGCAGGGAUUCUUGGAUUUACAGGACUUACUGGGUUUAUCUUCUACUUUUUGGUGUUCGCUGUCACUACGGUGGGACUUACAGCCAAGGCAAAAUUCUCAAUUCAUUCAUACUUUGAUGGCUGGAAUAGCGUUUUAUUUGAUGGCUUCUUGGGCGGCCUUAUGUCGUUCGUGCUGUUUUGGACAUUUGCCUAUGACUCUGUGCACAUUUUUUGAUGGGUUAUAUCUGCAAGAACGUAAGUGCUACUGUACUGCUCCAUUAGCAGUCCGAGUCUGCAUUGCAGUUUCCAUAUUCAGAAAUUAUAAUGGGGCUCACACUUGCAUUCAGCAGAUUUUCCAGUUUCUAUUGAAACCCUAGGUCAAUUUUGAUUUUGCUAUAGUAUUUUUUUUUGAGGAACUUCCAGCUGAUGGUGUUUGUCAGUUGUAAUUUCUUCCAGCUAGUGUAGACAGAUAACUUGAACAGAAAAGCUAUAUGUUUCACUUGAACAGACAAAUGUUACAUUAUAUUCCAUUCUUCAUACUAUUAGUUAUGCAUGUAUAUAAUAUUUUGAGAGGAAAUAUAAGUGCCAGUUUCUUUCCA